GACUACCACCUGUGAUUCCUUCUCUGACAGGAAAAGAUUACCAUGGAGAAGUUGGCCAUCCUUUUGCUUCUGAGUGCUGCCAUUGCACUGGGCGAUGCCAACCUGACCCUGCUCCUUGGUUUAGAACCCUUACUGAAGACUGAGGUGGAACAGACUCCUCCUGUUGAGGCUCAGGUAGCAGCAGUGCAGGAGGGGACAAAGGAAAGUUCAUGUCCCUCAGACUGGCACCCAUAUGGAUCACGCUGUUUAAAGUUUGUCAGCAUUCAGCAGUCAUGGGCAGAUUCGGAGCAAAACUGUUUGGCACUUGGUGGAAACCUAGCAUCCGUGCAUAACCUUUUAGAGUACCGUUUCAUGCAAGCACUGACAAAGGACACCAAUGGCCACCUACCUGACACCUGGGUUGGAGGUUUUGAUGCCGUCAAGGAGGGCUUAUGGAUGUGGUCAGAUGGGACCAGAUUUGAUUACACUAACUGGAACACUGGUGAGCCCAAUAACGCUGGAGAAGGAGAGGACUGUCUGCAGAUGAACGCUGCAAGUGAGAAGCUCUGGUUUGAUGUGCCCUGUGAGUGGAAGUUUGCAUCGCUCUGUGCCAGAAGAAUCGACGCGCCUCGGCCCGAGGUGUCCAGCGACGCGCCUCGGCCCGAGGUGUCCAGCGCCGCGCCUCGGCCCGAGGUGUCCAGCGACGCGCCUCGGCCCGAGGUGUCCAGCUCAGCCCGAGCUCAGCCCGAGGUGUCCAGCGACGCGUCUCGGCCUGAGGUGUCCAGCGACGCGCCUCGGCCCGAGGUGUCCAGCGAUGCGCCUUAG